UGAGACGGAGUCCAAGUCGAGUAUUGGAAAACAGCCCUGGUUUGGUACACAGCUUCACAAUAGACUGCACACCUGAGAUAACCUAAUGUACUCCCAAUGAUCCCACCUACAAGUAUCUUGACUGUCGCACACCUGUUGAUCCAAAACCCAAAAUAACCCUAGUCGCCUUAAAGCAUGCUCUGUCUCACACCCAGACACGGGGAUCUGUACUCAGUUGUUACAGCAUUAAGAUCUGAAAGUCAGCUGAUUAUACAGGACAAGUUGAAGAAAUCAACAAUAUCCUUUCCUUUAAAAACAACAAGAAAUUUCCUGAGCCUGAUUCUUCAUCCAAAGGUGCACUUCAGUUUCAUUUGUUUGAUCUUCGCCUCAAGUGACAUGAAAUGGCUAAGUUAAACUGGAUCCGCUAACAUCAUGAAAUAGGAAAGCUUCACAGCAACGGAAGCUCAACCCUUCAACAUUAAAAGCUCACCACUUACAAUGCUCUGUGCUCAUUUCUACGGAGUACGUCACAAAUUGUAGACCAGAAUUAGACACUAAAUCAUGCAUUAAUGGGCUCGGGUCCAAGUUUCUGAUUACAGUCAAUUAGACUACAUGUGGGCACGCUUAAUAGCUUUGCCAACAAACACCAGUGUGUAGCAUAUUAACAGGUCCCGAAACCAUCAGUUACUCAUAAUUCCAUCCUGAUAUUUGGAAAUCACGCACGUGUCAAAUCACAGAGGACAACUUUUAUGGUAGAACCCAUUCCUAACAAAGGCUACCAUGUCGAUGAAAUUGCAGGAAUUGAUUGAUAGGCACAAUAUUUUGCAGCACUCUUUGCUUUUACUUUCUAACAAAGACAGAAUGGAGUAGAUGAGGGAAAUAAGCACAUUUCCCCUAGAAUUUGGAUGUGAAGUUGCAACCACCUGUCUUGUUUAACCAUUAAUGGACUGGCGUGUCCUCAGACUAUUUAAUUAUUCAUUAAGCUAUUUAUUCUUCAGCACGCUAUUUGCUCGUUUCUCUGCCACAGAUAUGAAGGGCAUAGGUACACGUAUGCGGCACGUUAUUGGAAAAGAUGCCUUUGAGGGCAAGAGUUACAGGAUGACUUAGAAUUAUUACUGGCUAAGUGAUCGGCACGGCACGAAGAAGAAGAAGCAGCUUUGUUAGGACUGCAAAACAUUUGGUAAUCAGAAAAUGAGGAAUGCCAAAGCAAAGUGGCAAUGGACUGACAUUUUCAAGUUUUCUUGAUUCAUGAGUCUAUUGAUCUGAGGAAUGUUGCUGUGAUUAACUGAUGACAGUUACUUAUUUAGUUGAUCAACUUGGAUUGCACUUUCUGGAAUCAGUCAAGGAAACUCAGGAGAGACCAUGGGAUCUUGCGCAUCAGCCGAUGAGUGUGGCGUGCGAGAAAGUUUCAACGUGAGUGCUGAGGCCGUUUCUCUAUGGCUGUACACCACAGCAGACAAUGUUAUUAUACCUAUUGUCAUGCCCAUCAUUUGCCUUCUUGGGGUUAUGACCAACACCAGUUUCUUGUAUGUCAUGUUCCGUGUUCCCAAGAUGAGGUCAGACACCAAUAUCUACCUGGCGCACUUGGCGGUGGCCGAUGUUCUCUAUCUGGGCAUGACGACCAGCAUCUACAUUUGGUUCUUUGUGUCAUCUCCCGUUGCUUUCAAUUUUCCGUUCCACAACUCAGCCAGCUGCGUCAGCUUCAUUUUGGUGUUGAACACCGGCUACUUCACAACCAUUGCUACAGUGACCAUGGUCUCCUACGACAGAUACCUUGCCCUGUGCCAUCCCAUUAAGCACCGCCAAAUCCGUGGCCGGUCGCGGACCAACAAGAUGGCAGCACUCUGCUGGCUAGUCGGCCUGCUGUUUGCUUGUUCAACAGUGCCGCACUCCGCUCAUCUGAAUGUUCAAAUUUUCCACUGGCCCGAUGGUGACACAUAUGAGGAUCUCCCAUCGCUAGUGCAUCGCUGUGGCGCUGUGUCUCCCUGGGUGCGGUACGCUGUCCCGCCAUUCCAGAACUUUCCUUGGCUUGUGGCCAUGACAGCUAAUGUCUACAUGUACAUCCAAAUUGUGCGGCAGCUAAACAAUCGCAGAUGUACAGACUGCAAGAUGAAGAAGACCCAGAUGGCACUGCUCAUCCGCAACCAAGUGGCCAAGAUGUUGGUCGUCAAUGGCCUCAUCUUCUUCAUGUGCCAAGCCCCGUUCCGUAUCCUGAGUUUCUCCGAGUGGAUCUGUUUGAUUGCUAAUGUUCCGGAUCCUUUAGUGGCCCUACUAGGCAGUGGGGCACGGUGGCUUUCCACCUUACCCCAGGUGAUUAACACCAUCAUUAAUCCCUUGAUCUACAGCGCCAUGAAUCAACAGUACCGGUCUGCUUUCAUCCAAGUGUUCCAGUGCAGGAGCAAUGCCAGACAACGGAACAAUGUGCGCCCUCCAUUUGCGAUCAGUGCCUCUGAGAACAAGAACUCCUCCACGGAUAAUAUCAACACCAGUGACACCAAUGAAACACAACUGUAAAAAGUCCAAGCCAUUGAACUUCUUAAAUGAAAGGGUCUUCUGAUAACACUGUGCCAGACUGUGCUAAGAACCAAGUACAUGUAGGCCACGUUCCAGAGGCAGAUGGUGGGACAUGUGUCAAUCUUAUGUCAAUCAGACAAACUGUCUUGAAUGGUUUUCAAAGAUGACAGAAACAACUGUGAAGGAUUAGGGGUAAGAAUAAAACAAAGGUACAAGCAAGAAACGGUGACUGAGCAUGAAAUCAGCAGAUUUCUGCCGGGAGGAAAAGCCUGGCUUUCAACUGAUGACACACUGACAGGUAUCUGACUCUUUUCCAUGAGAAACCACUGUGUAACCCGGCAUAAUUUGUAAGACCAUAUACCAAAUGUAACACUUGGCUUCUGCCUCAAGACAUGAUCUGCUGAGCAAACUCCUCUGUUUACAGCACCCAUACAGUUGGUGGAACAGACUAUGAAGUUGCUCUUUAACGUUUAAAGAGGAAGUGCCAGUCAUAUCAAUCUGUUGUAACUGAAUACAAUUAAUCCCCAGUAUCCUUCAUGAACGUGUUACAACUCCAAGUUUAAAAAUCCAUCCUGUCCACUACCAUCCCGGUCCUAUUUGGCCUGGCAAAAUUGUUUCUGUUGUACAUGGCACUUGUGAUCAUUUCAUGGGUCAGCAACAACAGUUAAUUUUUUAUGUUAGGCAGUGCAAAGGUAGAAUGGUUUCACCAGAGAAAAAUGACCAUAAUAUCCUCAUCCAACUUUCGCCCCCGUAGCAAGAAACACUGCUCUUUCAUUAUACUUCUAAUAUUUCGGACUUUGUUUCAUUAAAAAUUUUUAAAAUGUGAAUAUGUGAGGAUUCAUAAAUGUCUUAGAAAGCACUCUCUUGCUUUUUCCAGGGCCCAAACAGAGGACAGUUCAUAAUUAAUUGAUAGUGCUUCCCUGGUUUAAAAAAUAGCAAGCAUAUAAAUAGUUUUUUUUGCCUAUCUGCUGGAGGGUCAUGCUUCAAGCUCAGCAUCCAAAUGUGUGACCUGUUGUGUGUCCCUAUUAUACCUGACUCAUGUAAUUUGACAUGAAAAUACAGGCAUGCAGCUUAGACUUUGACCAAAAAAAGAGGAAAUUUCAAUUUCCGCAAGAUUUUGCACAAUGUCUUUCUAUUUUCAAUGGCAUGAGUGUGAAGUGAAAGACGAGAAAAUCAGCUGAUAGUGGUGCACCUUGGAAAUCACCAAAACUAACUUGAAACUUUUUCUAUGUUAGAUGUGACAAGGGGAAUGAAAAGAACAUUGGACCCCCAAAUGUAUACAUGGAACCUGCACUCGCAGUGAGUCAGUUAAUUGACUCUGUGUUACUUGUUCAUAAGUUCCAUACCGUUCCUUGGGCACUAGAA